AUGGAGGCUUCCUCCAGCCCGUGGAGUCCAACCCCAGCUCCUGUGGGCAGCCCCGCCUUGCUGCUUCCCAUCCCCGCCAUUGUCUUCAUCGCUGUGGGCAUCUAUUUGUUGUUCUUGGGCCUGGCGCUGCUCACUAGACGCUGCCUGCUGGCCCAGGGCUGCUGCGCGGACUGCAGCUCCCCCUGCAGGAAGCAGAGCGCCUCCGAGCGCCAGGACUGUUGCUGGACCUGCGCCGAAGCCUGCGACUUCCCUCUGCCCCGCCCCGCCCACCUCCUGGAUGCCUGCUGCCCCCAGCCCAGUGAAACUGGUUGGGCCCCUCGCUGCCCCAGCUGCUGCCCGCUCUGCGACUGCGCCUGCGCUUGCCAACUGCCCGACUGCCAGAGCCUCAACUGUCUCUGCUUUGAGAUCAAGCUGCGAUGA